UCUCCUCCUCCUCAUCCCCUCUCUACAUUAAUUUGAACUUCAAAACCUGCUUGAAAUGGCGGCGGCUGUGUAUCCUGGGAAGACCCGGGCGUGGCAGAGAUGUUCGAAGCAGAUCAGAGAGCAAAGGGCCCGUCUCUACAUCAUUUGGAGAUGCACUCUCUUGCUUCUGUCUUGGCAUGAUGACUAGUCCACUUGAAGAUAGAAUACGUACCACACACACUCUGUUCAAGCUGUACACCGAGUCUUGAGCGGCUUUGUUAGAAACAUUUGUACAGAAUGCCCAAAUUCCUGAUUUCAAUCUUCUACUUUCUGUAUAGUUUGAAGAACAGUGUCUAUAAUUGUUAUUAACCAAUAACAGACCGACACGCGUCAACCAUCCUAAUAAAUAAGCCCUUCAAAAAUCAGACGCAUCUGGAGGCCAGCCAUCGAGAAGGACGAACGGGUCAAUUUUGUCCCGAAAGAUUACGCUUCAAUGUCAAAGUUAAGACCUUUCUCGAUCUCGAUCCUCUUUUCUUCCUCAAACAAGUGCUGAAUUUCUCGAGGGUUUAAGCUGAGAUGAUUGUUUCGAAAUCGUGUAAGCUGUUGAUGAUCACCAAGGAUAAGGUCAUCAGCGCGGAUAAAUCGGUGUGAAUUUGGCCCCGAGAUACCCCAACUGUUUCCGAUUAAUAGGUUUUCCAGGAGAAGACCGAUCUUUUCUCGAAAUCGGUAGUAGACGAAACCCUAAAAGCAGGGGUUCGAUUCCGGCCCAAUUUCAGCGUGAAAUUGCCACCAGGGGCUGGAUAGAGCAUGACUACUUAUGGCCAUACCAGGAUGUGCGCAAUUUAGACCAAGCUUCCACAGAGAUGGGGAGAAAUGAUGUCUCUGUCGGUUUUCAAAGGCUUUCUCGAGUCGCCAUUGGGGUGUCUUCUACUUGUCCCUGAAAGGAGGGAUCAGGACAGCGAUCGAGAGAGGCUUAUGGGGAUGAUGAGCCGAUCGAGAGAGAUCCGUUCAGGGAAAGAGAGACUGAGAUGGCACGAAACAGAGGACAGAUGGAGCCUCUCUGCUUCCCUACCAUGUCUCCUGAAACUUUUAGCAGGUAUCUGACUUAAUUUGGUUUUUUAUUUAUUUAUUAAAGGAGCUUGGUGCAAUAUGCUCCAUCGUUUGCUCGAAUCGAAGAAAAGAUAGGUCGUUUUCCUCUGCCACAAUCCAUGUGUCAUGCAGCUGAAUUGGGAUGCUUGGAUUGCAGCGAAUGGAUUCAGUUCUGUUUCAUUGAGCACUUGAUAUACAUCUUUCAGUUCCUCUGGUUAUGAGAUUUCCUCUUUGUCUGUUUCUUUUGCUCCCCAAGAGGAUCUUUGUCACACUGUUGUUUGGUUAUGAGAUUUCCUCUUUGUAUGAUAUACAUACACACUGAUUAAGGUACAACUGUGUGGAAACGGCGUUCUGGUUUGAAACAGGUUUGUGCUGAAGGAAGAGGGAGAGAUCUAGAACCAACCUAACUCCCAAAGUCACACAAAUCAGGUGAAAUGAUCACCUAAAAUACUGGUGGGAGCAAACCACAACAGAUCCAAUUCUCCACCCUCUUUGCGCCCCCACCCCUUUUCUGCAGCUUCAGAUCUUUUAUAUAUAACCACAGCUAUCAACCCACCACUCUCCACACACCGAUGAUUUCGGGAGAAGCCAAAGGGAUGAGACUCCAAUGGCAAGCGGCACCCCUUCUCCUGCUUCUUCUGAUGCUGUCCGCCGUACGCAGCCAGAGGAUGCCCAUUCCUGCCCAGCGGCCACUCUGCACCUCCCAGUACGCGUUGGCUAAUUACGCAUGCUCCCAUCUGCCCUUGAUCCCCAACCCCCCUCUCCCUUCUGCCUCCCAGCUUCCUCCCCCUCCCGCACCGGAGGCUAACCCACCACCCUCACCACCAGCCCAUCCAACUCCUGACAAUGACCAUGACGAUGACCACGACCAUGACCAUGACCAUGAGCACGAGGACCACCACCGCCACCACCACAGCAGCCACAAGCACCACCACCACGGGCACCACAGGCACAAGGCUCGCAAGGUUGAGUAUAAGGAGUCGUUUGCAGAGGCAGAAUGUUGCAAAUGGCUGAAGCAAAUGGACAACGAAUGCGUGUGUGACCUUCUCCUUCACUUGCCCCCUCUUCUGGCGAGGCCUGUUCACGACUACACCGUCUUUGUGGACGAGUCCUGCAUCGUCACUUUCUCCUGCGGCGGUAGAUUCAUCCGGUGAUUCGUGGAUAAUAUGUCGUCAUCGUAAUGUUUUCUGACUUCCUUCCCUUUCCCUUUGUAUGAGAUUUUAUGAUAUAUAUAUGUUGAAAAUCUUCUCAAAUGGUUCUCUGUUUCAAUAAAGUUACAGCCUGUAUUGGAUCU